AUGUUGAUUUCACGAUUCUGGACUAUAGCUGCCGCCACAGCUGUCCUGAUCAAGCUCACAGCCGAUUGGCUGGAAGCAUCAUUUCCUGAACAACUUAUAGAAGCUGCAAGCUCGUAUAAGGAUAGCUUGUAUGUGCUGGCAGUGAGAGCCUUGUACCAGAAUGAGGAGAGUUUGGACUGGGAAGACGACGAUUUUGAUGAUGUUGAGAUAGGAUCUGAAACAGGAUCAAGGACCGACAAACAGAUAUAUGAUUCCUUUGUUGGAAGCUUGCUGCCAGAGGAGAAAGGUAUGGCUGAUCUCAACUUGGUCAACAAGAUCUAUACUCCAAGGAUAGAGGCACACUACAGACACUACCAGAAUGAAGUGGACGAAUCGAAGGUUCUCAAGGCGUGUGCCAAGGACUCUUUUGGAAACGAAAUCGAGGACCCCUUGGGUGCUUGGGUGAAGUAUGGAGACAGGAUCUAUUGCUCUGACGCUGACUUAUACGCACUUCAGCUUUCCAGAACUUCAGAAGAAAUCAAGGCAUUUGAUAGAGUGAUUGGAAAUGACGAGAAGAAACCUUUGCUAGUGCUCUAUGGCUCUUCGAAGAGUCCCAGACUUGGCCAAAUGUUCGAAACAUUGUACCAGUUUGCCGAAUCUGACAAGUUGAGAUUUAUGUGGAGAUACGUACCAACUGAGGGUCCAAAGAGCGAGAUCCCCGGAUUUGGCGCUAUAUUGACGCCCAAGAAGCCUCUCAAUGGCACCAAAUCAUCAAAGAUCAAGUACACUGGUGACAUCAAAAAAUACUUGGCUGAUAUUAGAAAAAGAGGCCAACCCUUGAAAGCCCUUGAGGAAGAUUCAUAUCAAGAGUUGUCUGUUAAAAUCACAGCUCUUGUCCUUGCUCAGCCUGAAGCUGAACAACACGAACUUCUUCAAGAGAUUUUGAACAACCUUCCCCUUUACGGACCUUACAUCCAACUCAUCCGGGAUAUCUCAGGCUUGGAAUCUACGAGGGCAGCAGCUAAAGUGAAUGAAAACAGAGGCGCCUCUGCUGAGUCCGUCGGGCUCUAUUUGAACGGUGCCUCGGUUCACAAAUUGGAGAUGGACCUCCCGCAUGUCAUCAACAAAUUGAAUACAGAGCUCAGACUCGCUCAGAGAAUGAGUGAACUAGGGUUUUCCAAGGCGCAGAGCAAAUUCAUUUUUUAUAAGUUCGCUCUCAUGAGUGCCUUUAGGGAAGUACAAUAUCGUACCGGCGACCAGGAAAACAGAUACGCAGUAUACAAACAUGCCUUUGAUCCAACAGAUAAUACAUCAGGUGGUGUUGUCUACUUCAAUGAUAUUGAGAAGGAUGAUCCAUAUGACUUGUUUGAUGUGAACAGAAGAGAAGCAUACCUCGGAGUCGAGGCGCAGAGAUUACAGUUCGGUCAGGUUCCUGCUCUCAGAGAGAACUCUCACGAAUUAAUCUUUGCUAUCAAUUUUUCAAGCUCCAUCCAGGUGAAGAUUUUCUUCACAUUUGCCAAGAUCAUCCUCGACAGAAAUCUCCCCCAACAGAUCGCUGUUGUUCCUCUUGUUGACAGUGACGAGGAUGAGUUGGUUACGGAGAAAUUCUACCACAUUAUGGAAGUUAGCGACUCGAAGGAGGCAUUUGCUUUGUUGUACCAGUACUACGAAGCGCCUACUCAAGAAGAGAAGCAUGAGAUCCUUUCAAAGGUAGAAGUUUCUGAGGAUAAGCAAGGCACCUUUAGAAACUACGAAAAGACGGUUCGUGAGUUCUCACUUGACUCUCCAUCAGUGAUUAUCAACGGUGUGAUACACGACAUGAAGUCUCCAUGGCAGGCUGCAAUGACUAAACAGAUGGGCAAUGAUGUCCGUCUUUUGCAGCAAAAGAUCAAAAAGAUGGAAGACAGAGGUAGAGAUCUCAAAUCCGUUCUCUUUCAGGAUGCCAAAGAAAGCAGAAAUUCACGUGUUUCUCCAAAGGAUCUAAGCAACAUCAGAUACAAGGAGGUGACGAAGGAAUUGAUCGAUAAUUCAUCGGCUUUCAAGAAGAUCAAUAAGCCCAAUGAUGCACCUGGAACCUUUUGGCUUAUUGGUGACUUCAACUCCCGCCUAAUCCUCGCUCAAUUCUCGAAGCUUUUGGAAUUACUCGAAAUCUAUCUGGACAUGUCUUUGGAAAUCCGUAUUUUGAACAUUUCAGACGACGACUCUUUGCUAAACAAGCUCUCUGCGAAAUAUGGGGCCAAACCGCUAACCCAUGAAACUAUCACUGAUUUGAAAUCGGAGGUGUUGAAAGCCAAAAGCAAAGUAUAUUCUAAAGUACUGCCAAAGAAAGCUCAACUUCUUCAGGACCAUCAGAUCCAGCUACACCAACCCGGAAUGUUGUUCAAUCUGAGGUAUCUCAAAUUAAACGACCUUUUCGAUACUGAGGAGCUCAUAGAGUUGGUUGGUUUCGAGCACAGGAGGCGCCUUAGUAUUUUCAAAGACAUCACAGACACCUACCCUGAUAUGUUCUCGUGGAAAGGUAUCAUGUUUUUCAGAAAGUCUGGGUAUGACAACUUCGAAUGGUUUGAUCUCGUGAGUUCUGUUGUGGCCAAAUCAUUCUUCUUAGAGGAUUCACAAAUUCAAACAGACGUUGAUCGCUUUGACUUUUCAUCACUUAACUUUGUGAACUCUCUAAACAUAACCGGAGCGAAUGGUGCUCUGGUAGAUAUUCUUGCAAUCGUUGAUCCAAUCUCCGAUGUAUCCCAGAAAAUUGUCUCCAUUGUGAGUGCUCUUAAAGAUCUACCAUUCGUCAACGUUAAACUUUUGAUUCAACCACUCAAAGAUGUCGCGGAACACACCUCGUUGGAAAGGUUCUAUGCUCACAAUUUUGUGUCCUCAUAUCCGCAAUUUGAUGAAGACGGUACUUUCCUGAUUCUGAAUUAUGGUGCUCAAGCGCAAGGCCUUGUGCCCAAAUACAAAUUCUCUUCUGACCUUGACAUACCUUCCAGAUGGCUUGUUGUUAAGGACAAGCUUCCCAAGGCCGACCAUGAAGAGUUCACUGUUGAUGAGAUCGAGGAAUUGAGUUACAAACUUGAUAAAUUAGUGGUUGAAGGCUACGCGAAGGAUGUAAAGACUGCUCAAUCGAUCGCGACGUUGACUUUCGAUAUUACAAAUGAGCAGGUGGUUGAAGAUGGUAUUGUCAUGCAUACUCUAGGCUAUGUUCAAUUCCAGCUUAAGCCUGAUGUUUGGAGUUUACUGAUACAAAGGGGUUCACGUGGUGAACAAAUUUACAACUUACUCUCAGCAAGCGACAACAAGUACGACACAAACGAUCAGCCCAUCGACACUGCUGAAGUAUCUUUAUUUUCCUUGCAUGGUUCAGUGAUUCAUCCCAGACUACUCGAGAAAUCAGAAAAAGAUCAGGCAAAAGCAAAGAAGAAGGUUAGCACUACUAAAAAUGCAGACAUCAAUGUGUUCUCCCUCGCCAGUGGGAAGCUCUACGAAAGAUUCGUUUCUACGAUGAUGCUAUCCGUGAAGAAGCACACCAAAUCUACAGUAAAGUUUUGGCUCCUUCGGAACUUUUUGAGUGCCGAAUUUGUGGAUUCUCUUCCGCAAUUAGCUGAAGCUUACGGCUUCCAAUAUGAACUCAUCACUUACAAAUGGCCUCUUUGGCUUCGCCAGCAGAAAGAGAAAUACCGUCAGGUGUGGGGCUACAAAAUCUUGUUCUUGGAUGUCUUGUUCCCUAACCUGUUAGACAAGGUUAUUUUUGUGGAUGCAGAUCAGACAGCCAGAACUGACCUAAAAGAGUUAGUCGACACUGACCUUAAAGGUAAAGUGUAUGGAUUCCCACCAAUGUGUGACUCCCGUAAGGAAGUUGAAGGAUACAGGUUCUGGAAGCAAGGAUACUGGAAGAACGUUUUGCAAGACGAUUUGAAGUACCAUAUUAGUGCGCUCUUUGUGGUUGAUCUCAAUGCGUUCAGACAAGAGUACGCCGGCGACAGGCUCAGAAGUCACUACCAAAAGCUCUCCAGUGAUAAAGAGUCACUCGCUAAUCUCGACCAGGAUUUGCCCAAUAACAUGCAAAGGCUGAUUCCUAUCCACACAUUGAAGCAGGAUUGGCUAUGGUGUGAGACCUGGUGCUCUGACGAGAGCAAGAAAAAGGCUAAAAUGAUCGAUUUAUGCAGUGACCCUUUCAGAAAAGAAACUAAAUUAGAACGUGUGCAGAGACUGAUUCCAGAAUGGAAAGGGUACGACGAUCAGAUUCAACGGUUGCAAAAGGGCGAGAGCGAUACCGGUGCGAACGUGGGGCAUGAUGAAUUAUAG